AUGGCCACACCGACGCCGGUGCGCCAUCUGCCCGGCGCAUUCAUCAACACACCCGCGCCCGCUAAUGAUGCUACACGACGGAACCUCUUCGGAGAUGCAGCGGCUGGGGGGCCACGGCUAGGGCCCUUGGGACGGGAUCCCCCAAGGCCUGCCCCGGAUCCGUUCCGUGCUCCCGGUGCCCCAGGUCCACCACAACCACCAGGCCCGCCUGCGCCGCCUGCCCUUCAGAUGGUCCCCGAUAAUGCGGCCCAGCUCCCGGUUCUCAGGGCUGCGAAGGUGGUCAACGACCUCCUGCAGCUCGACGGCAGCUACCCCGAGCUGAACUCGUUGUGCCAACUUCGCACCUCGUCCGAUUAUGAUCUUGCGACGCUCGACCCAGCACUUGCUCCCUUCCACAAGCCUACCCAGUACCCGAUCCCAGACCGGGUGUUCGAGAACUUCGACCGCGGCCAAAUUGCGACAAAUAUGGGUCUGUUCACCGAGAUAAAUCACGCCUGGGUUACUAUUGAUAACGCGCUCUAUCUCUGGGACUAUACCCAUCCAGAUCCAGAGCUGAUUGGAUAUGAAGAAUCGCCCCAUACCAUCACCACUUUGGCUCUGGUCCGUCCAAAGACGGACGUCUUUGUCAACACGAUCACACACAUCCUGGUGCUGGCGACUGCAACAGAAUUGAUUCUCCUCGGCGUUUCAGCGACACCCACGCCCAACGGUUCCCAUACUGUCAAUCUCUACUCGACCAGGAUGACGCUACACAAGGGCAGCCUCGAUGUGAGCUAUAUUGUUGGCUCCGCCGACGGGAGGAUCUUCUUUGGCGGCAACAACGACACCGAUGUGCAUGAGCUCUAUUACCAGCAGGAGGAGAAGUGGUUUUCCAGUAGGUGUGGAAAGAUCAACCACACGCACCCUGGAUGGUCCUCGGUGGUGCCCAAGCUGCCUCAUCCGAGCACGCUUCUGCCCAGUCCAAGUUCUCUCUGGACGCCCAAGACGAACGAGUGCCUGGCCGACAUGGUCAUCGAUGACAGCCGGGGGUUGCUGUACACUCUCUCCAAUACCUCGACCAUCCGUGUCUACCAGCUGGAGGGCUUGUACAAGCUCAACAAAUGCAUCGAGAAGGAUAGGACAACGUGCUUCAAUGAGACGACUCACUUUGUUGCAGGAUCGCCGCUGCUGACGAACAACCUGACAAUCGUGUCAAUCAGCCCGAUCUCUGCCAGGGAGAGUUUCAACCUCCACCUGGUAGCUCUGACCAGCACUGGCUGCCGCAUCUUUCUGAGCGCAACUAGCUCAUCGUCUGUAUCUGGCUCCGCCCCGCAAAGCAUGCAGGUCCAAUUCGUCAAGUUUCCCCCCUCUGCCGACCAAGCUCCCCAGGCGCAGCAGGCCGGUGAGGGAGCAUAUCUUACCGUCAACUCACAGGCUCUCACAACGAGCAGGUUUGGUCAACGCUUUGCGCCCGGGUACUUUUUCGAUUUUGUUGCAAAGGCGGAUAAUCCUAACACCGAUAUUCUGUUCGUUGCCGCACCGGAGACUGGCCGUAUCAAGUUGCAACAUGGGACUGUCGCGCAUAACGAAAGGGCCAUGAGGUAUUACGAAAGCGCAAACUUCAUUGACCUCGGCCAAGGAGUCAAAGUCCUUGCAGUGGGGUCUAUCACACCACCUUUCGCCGCGGCUGGACAGCCUGUUGGCUUCGGAAAUGAACUCGCCGUCCAAUUUGAUCAGUCUCCCUCCGAAUUUGCUAUAAUGACUAAUAUGGGCAUCCACGUCGUUCGAAGGCGGAGGAUGGUAGACAUUUUUGCGACUGUCAUACGAAAAGCCGCAAGUGACGACACCGUCAAGUACGAGACGACGCGGUUCAUUCACCUUUAUGGCCGCAACGAGACCGUUUCCACAGCUCUUGCCAUCGCUUGCGGCCAAGGCAACGAUCUACGCAACGGCGCGGCCCGUGUGAUUGACCAAGUCACGCAAGACCGCGCAAGAUCUGUUUUCAUCGACUUCGGAGGCGACCCCACGGUGACCGAGACGGACUCAAUCACCUUGUCUGCCCGACAUCACGCUCUGGGAUUAUAUCUCACCCGCUUGGUUCGGAUGCUAUGGAAGUCGAAAGUCGUCGCGCAAGGCGUGGAUCAGGCUGGGGCAGUCUUCGUGAGAUCGACAGUCCCAGUGGCCAAAUUGAACUCUGUUCAGGAAAACUUGGAUCGUCUGCGGAAUUUCCUUGAAACCAACCGUGGUGUUAUCAAGGGCCUGAACGGUCCCCAGGAUCUUGCGAACGCGCAAAACCGCCUCGCAGAGAUGGCUAUGCAGUCUGAACAUCAGGGCCUGCAUUCUUUGCAAAGGCUGAUGGAAAACAUUGCUGAAGGAAUCUCGUUUGUACUGAUGCUUUUCGACGAGCGUGUAGCCGAAAUAUUCGUUCGGCUAGACGCGCCAACACAGCAUCAGCUGCGCGAGCUCACUUACGAACAACUCUUCUCCCAGGAGGCGGGGAGAGACCUUGCGAAGCUUCUGGUCAAGGCCAUUGUUAAUCGGAACAUCGAGAGUGGCGCAAAUGUGGAGACCGUGGCUGACGCUUUGCGGAGACGGUGCGGCAGCUUCUGCAGUCCGGACGACGUCGUUGUCUUUAAGGCCCAGGAGCAAUUGAAGAGGGCAUCAGAACAGGCUGGCAACCCUAACCACCUUCGACAAGUGCUUGGAGAGAGUCUGCGUUUGUUUGAGCGUGUCGCCGGCAGCCUCACCCUGGCUAACCUCCAUGGCGCUGUUCAGCAAUACCUUGAUCUACAAUACUACGCCGGGGCUAUCCAGUUGUGUCUGAGGGUGGCUCAAGAAAAAGACCGCGGAAACACGGCGCUGUCUUGGAUCAACGAUGGCAGACCGCCUAAUGACCCUCGACAGGCGGCCUUCAACGAGCGUAGGAGUUGCUAUGAUCUUGUCCACGAAGUGAUGCAAAGAUUGGAUGCUGUCUCGGCUCGCGAGCCGGAACUGGUCGACGGACGCCUCACCUUGGCCGCCACCAAGCGCAAUGAAGCCUACAACGUCGUCAACGGCUCUGAUGACGAGGUGUUCCACUUUGACCUGUACGAAUGGUACAUCGAACAGAACUGGACCGAUCGUAUCCUCGCUAUUGACUCGCCGCACGUCGUCACCUUCCUCCAGCGACUGGCGGCCACUGAAGCCCGCCAUGCUGACCUUCUCUGUCGGUUUUACACGCAUCGUGGCAGGUUUUAUGAGGCUGCUGAAGUCCAGGCCGAGCUGGCGAAGAACGAGGUUCUCGAAAUAGGAAUCAAGGACCGCAUCACCCUGCUGAGUCGUGCCAAGGGCAAUGCUAGCGUGUCGACGGUUGGUGUCAGCCGGCAGCAUCAGCAGGUUCUGAACCAUGAUGUGACGACAUUGCUGGAAAUCGCGCAUAUCCAGGAUGACCUUCUCGAGAGGCUCAAGGCGGAUGAACGAAUACCAGAUGAUCGCAAGGGUGACUGCGAGCAGGCUCUGAACGGCCCCAUACUCUCACUGACAGAGCUGUUUAACGGUUUUGCCGAGCCAGCCAAUUACUACGACCUUUCUCUACUCAUCUACCACGCAGCCGAUCACCACGCCCCGCGUCUCAUUGCUGACACAUGGCGCAGUCUCAUUAACGCAGCUCAUUUUGAGACGGAGGAAGCAUACCGCAACUGGGAGGACCGGGGCCGGCCAGCUGAUGACGCUGAAUUUGGCCCGCCCCCGCUGCCCUAUGAGCAUGUGUGCAACAAGGUUCAAGACAUUGCUCACAGGACCAGCAUGAACAACCACGUCUUCCCGAUCGACACUGUUCUCACAAUCCUCUGUGAGUACGCCAUCACCCAGAAUCAAAACGAGGACAUCCAAGCCGAUCCAAACUGGCCUGUCUUGCUGUUUGUCAACAACCUCGGCGUUGCCCACGCCAUCGUCACACGUGUACUCGAACGCAUACUCGACGCACAGGAGGCGCCCUUCACAGGCCGACGUCGAAAGGUCGUGGUCCGGUGGAUCUUGAUGGCCUGCGAGCUAUGGGUGCGCGAGGUGGAGCGCCGGGGUCUGGAUGGCCAACAAGGGGGCGGUAACAUAGGACACUGGACGGUGCAGCUGCUCAGCAGGGCGGUGCAGACCAUGGAUGAGAUCAUCGAGACAGAAAGGGCGGCCGGUAGGCCAGAGCACGCAAGGGAAGCACAGGGCCUGAUGGCUGGCGCUAGGGACCUGGCGGCCAAGAUCCAGCAAGUACUUGGACUGGAAGAGGCUAGACCUGGGCGUGGGGGCUGGUGA